ACCUAUAGUGAUAAAAAUACCAGACCUAGCUAAAACUAUACGGCAGUUUAGUGUAGCGACUGUCACGACGCCCGGCCGCUCGUUCAAAAUGUGGAACAAAAUAUAUACAAGUGUUAAAUAUUCUUUGAUAACAGUGAAUUUCCUGUUCCUGAUAAGUGGAAUAAUAAUACUAUCGGUGGGAAGUUCCGUGCAGUCCGCUUACAAUGGGUACCACGAGUUUCUCUCGGAGAGGUUUUUCUCGCUACCCGCAUUUUGCAUUGCGACUGGAGUCAUCAUAUUCCUCAUCGCCUUCUUCGGCUUCUAUGGAGCCUACUCGGAGAACUAUUACUUGAUAAUGGCGUUCGCUGGCGCCAUGGUGCUAAUGUUCAUCUUCCAACUGUCAGCGUGUAUAGCAGGCUACGCGCUGAAGAGCCAGACCACAGUCCUGGUCCAAACGCAGCUUCAAAACACCAUGGAUCUGUACGGUCCUAACAAGAACUAUGAGAUUACCAAGCUGUGGGAUGAAGUGCAGGAAGACUUCACCUGCUGUGGAGUCCUAAACGCAAGCGACUGGCUCACACACCUCAACACCCACGAGAGCCAGGGCCUCCCCGUCAGCUGCUGCAGUCGCGUCUUUGGAGUCGUCACCACAUUUACCUGUAAUGUGACGUCAGCAUACAGAACAGGCUGUGCUGAGGCCUUUGGCGCGUGGACACAAAGUCAUGCGGGGGCUAUAGGGGCAGCUGGAGUCUUCUUGGUUCUAAUGCAGGCUUUGGCGGUUGGCGGGGCAGUUUGGAUGGCCAAGAUAUCCCGAGCAGAAAAUGCGUUUCCUUGAAGAAUGACGCGUUUAAGUAUGAGUAUUGUUGUGAACUAAGUCUAUUCAUUACGUUAAGUAAUAUUAUUGCAAAUUAAUAAAUAAUGUUAGCGGUG